AUGGGAAAAGAAAGCAAACUAAGACCAAAGGUGAACGUCUCUCCUUACGUCCAUUUUAUGAUGGACUUCAAAAAUCAAAUGAAGGAGCAACAGUCAAACACCUAUUAUGACUUUACCGAAUUUUCUAGAAAGUGUUCUGAAAAGUGGAGGACCAUCUCGAAGAAGGAAAAGAAGAAGUAUGAAGCCCUAGCCAAGCGCGACAAAGAUCGGUACCAACGUGAAAUGAGAAACUACACUGGACCUAGAAGGGAGAGAAGAAGGAGGGAUGUAGAUGCACCGCGGAAGCCCCCAUCCUCGUUCCUACUCUUCUCCAUGGAUCACUUUGACCAGAUAAAAGAAGAACACCCAAACCUGACUGUGGCGAAGGUGGCCAAGGCUGCCGGAAGGAUGUGGUCCAGGUCUGCGGAAGUGGACAAAAUCCCCUAUGAGGAGAAGGCUGCUAUUCUGUGGGCAAAGUACCUUGAAGAGCAGGAGGCCUACUACCACCAAUGCCAGCGCGGGAAGUAA